AUGGAUCUGCAUCGGAUUGAUGUAGAUUCAAAGACAUUUGUUGAUAGAUCUUUGAAAGAUGAUCCAGAAAUUGUUUUGCAAGAAUUUAAAAAAGAAUUUGGAGGAAUUCCGCUAAAAGACAUAAAUAUGUUUAAUGCUGAAACUUUGCAUAAAUGGCCAGGACGAAAUGUACCUUCCUUCACGAUACCUCAAUUUCUCUUAAUAGUGAAGUCAAGUCGUUCAUCACGUUAUGAAUACAAGUACCCAAUCGAACCUCAAUGUCACAGUCAAUGGUCCAUGCAAAUAAAUCUGAUCCACAAUAUUCCAUCUACCUAA